AUCUUUUCACACCUUUUGUUCUCAUCAAAGGAGACUCUUUCACCAUCUGAGAUAUCUAAUACCAUCAUCAUCAUCAUCCACCUACACACAUCAACAGUUCAUCUCUUCUCUGAGGGAUAGACACCACAAUCAAGUAAAUCACCUCCACAGGCAUUACAAAACAAUUCGAAUGAAGCAAGUACUCUGACCUGCUCCACUUGGAUUCACAACAUAAACACCUUCAAUUCGAUGAUCCUUCACCACCAGCUAGCAUUUAAUCAUGUCUGAUCAACAGAAAAGUAUACCGGAAAUUCAUGCCGACGAUGCAUCUUCAGCAAUCGGUUCAGCAGUAGACGCUUCUGCUCCUUCUACAGCUAACCAACAACGACAAAGGGGUCGAGUACACUGGGAUACAUCUGCUCCAAUUCGAAGAGCGCGAGGUCACACAGGAACAACCGUUACCGUUCGAUCUCCACCAACAGUAAAACCAUCAGUUGCUUCACCUUCUGGCGUUCAAAGAAGAAAUCAUCCUGGACCUUUAAAUCUUUCACUCGGAGAAGCAUCUUCUCAACCAGAACAACCUUCUCUAGCCAGCGUUCUUCAUUCAAACAAUGAUUCAACAGAUCAACAAAAUAAUCCAGUACAAUCUGAGCCACUCAAAGCGGGUGUAGGUAACUUUGCCGGCCUUUCACUUUCAAGCGCAAAAGCACUAGAUGAAAGAGCUCUUGAUGAUCGUGCAUUCCUUGAACUUCAACGUGAAUUACAAAGACAUGAAACGACAACUGUAAGCGAUCUCAACGCUCAGGAUCCAGAUGAAGCAUACGAAGGAGAAGAUCGUGCGACCGAAUUGGAUCAUCAUCCCGUCAGUACGCGCAGACGUAGAAAUCGACCUGAUACGCCUGAUUGGAGUAGUGGAGCAACAACUCCUGUCACAGAUACAACUUCUGAAUCGGGUAGCUAUGAUCCCGCAAAUGAUUCCGAUCUAGAUCACAUGGAAUUAGUGCCAGGAGAAACGGACGGAUUACCUUCACGUCGUAGAAGGACUGAAGAAGAAGAUGAACGUCCAAGAGGAUGGGCAAGAUUACGCGGCCUUUUGUCCAACAAAGAUGCACUUAAACCAGCGGACGAUGACGAAGAAGCUCAAAAGCAAAACGAAAAGUCAUACGAAGAAGGCGGUCCAACCAAUACGAAAUCAGUUGCCGUGACAACAUCAACCGGAACAAGACCUGCCGGUCCGAGAAGUAGAGCUACAAAGUAUGAGCGUGAGGCUGCAAAGCUCAUCAGAGCACAUAAAUUGAUGACCGGUAGAGGCGCAGCAGAAGAUUCCACAGGUGAUGUAGGCGUUGGACCAACUUUGGGAAUGCGUCGUGAUCAUUUAGAUUCCGGUGCUUCUACGCCUGAUGCAUUGGAUACGGCGGCUAACAUGUCAGCAAAACCAGUAACAUCAGGAGGUGUUUUGGGAAACCUUUUACGUUUGUACGAACAGCAACAAAAGGAAGAACGAGAAGCAAAAGUUCGAAAAGCAGGAUUCGAAUCACAAGGUACGUCACCUAUGAGCACACCUGCUUUGGGCGAUCAAAUGGGAAAUGCAACUUAUAGUGAUGUAGUCCGAUCUGAAAUCGGCAAAAGAGAACGUAAUGAAAAAAUUGCAUUUGAUCAAACAGGAUUUUCUUCCCCCAAUUCAGCAAAUGUUCGUCGUCGUAAAUAUGGCAGUGGUACAAGUCCUGGUGGCUUGGGUGUAGCAGCAAUUGGUGCAGUUGGUAAUCUUGCUGGAGCGAGCAAGAAAGCGGUUGCUCUUGCAGCCAAUCAAGCAGGCCUUGAUACAUUAGAAGAAGCCGUAGAAGAAAGACCGAAAUCUGCCAGAUCUAGCGCAGGUGUUUUUGGCGCUUUGGUUGCCACGACUGGAAAUCUGAUCGGUGCCGUGAGUCCUCAUCAUGCUCAAAUUGGUCCUAAUCCAAAAAGACCAGGUUACACUUUGGAUCGUUAUUUAUUACCCGAGAUGAACGCAAAGACAUUAAGACGAACUGCAGAAAUUGUUGCCGAUGCAGCUCCGAAGCCAUUCUUCCGAUCUCAACCUGCAACACCGGGACAUCAUUCUCCUUCUGCUAUCGCACGUAAAGAAACGCAAGACAGUAACGAAACACAAGCUGCGACACCACCAAGUGGAUCACAAACACCCAAAAAGAGACCUUCAAGCUUGGUCAAUACUCGUGGUAUCAUUCAUUCUCGUAAGAACAGUGGCGGUAAUCAUCAUUUGCAUAUACCCGGCAUGCAUCCUUUUGGCCGUACACACAGCAAUGUGAAUACGCCUGAUGCUUUGAAUGCUGCUGAUCGAUCUGAUUACUUUGGCUCAGAAGUUGAUGAACGUAUGGCAAAACAAGAAUGGCAACGUAAAUUGCGUAAACGUGCAAAAGAUAAACGUAAGAAAGAGGAAAUCUUUAUUACCAUGCACGUUGCCGCUAUCCUUCAAAGACAAGAAUUCUUAUUGAAGCUAUCUCGUGCUUUGAUGAUGUUCGGUGCGCCUACCCAUCGUAUUGAAACGCAAAUUCAACAAACGGCAAGAGUUUUGGAUAUCAAUUGUCGAUGCAUUUACCUUCCAAAUUUGAUGUUAUUCGCUUUUGGUGAUGAUACAACACAUACAUCUGAAACCAAGUUUAUCAAGCAACCCGGUGGGUUGGAUUUGACAAAAUUGACGGAUAUGCAUUCGAUCUAUUGGAAUGUGAUCCAUGACAAGAUCGGGGUUGAUGAAGCAUCACAACAAUUGGACGAAUUGAUGAGAAGGAAGCCAUUGAUCGGUAAAGUUCCAAUGGUGAUCAUUGGUGGCUUCUGUUCGGCUUUCAUUUGUGUUGGUUCGCAAGGAUUUGGUGGCUCAUUCCUUGAUGCUUUGAUUGCUUUCCCAUUGGGAAUGUUUUUGGUUUUCAGUCAAUUGGCCAUCACUACUGAAUUAUUUUCAAACGUUUUCGAAAUUCUUUUCGCUGCUAUCAAUUCAUUCGCAGCAGCAGGAUUGUCCUCAACAGGUUACUUUUGUUACAGUAGCGUUGUUUCAGGUUCAAUCGUGUUGAUCUUGCCGGGUUUCUUGGUCUUAUCUGGUGCUUUGGAACUUCAAUCCAAGAAUUUAAUUUCGGGGAGUGUUCGAUUGGUUUAUGCGAUCAUUUAUUCACUUUUCCUUGGAUUUGGUUUGAGUAUCGGAAGUUCAAUUUGGCGUUUAUUCACAAAUGCUGCUGAUAGUGGCGCAGUUGAUCAACUCUGUUCAACUGUUCAUUCGCAUAUAAACAGUGUUAAAGGACAACCUUUACAUCCUCCAUGGUGGGGACAGGACCCUAAUCCUUAUUGGGCUUUCCUUACCGUACCCGGUUAUGCAACAGCACUUUCAUUACGCAAUCAAGCCAAAGCAACACGAAAGGAAUUCCCUGUGAUGGUUUUGAUUGGUAUCUCAGGUUGGGCGGUGAAUCAUUUUUCCAGCAAAAGUUCAGCAUUGAAAUCGAGAAGUGACGUUACGAGUGCUUUAGGUGCUUUUGCCGUUGGUCUUUUGAGUAACAUUUUUGGACGUAUUUAUGACGGUAAAUCUUACACUGUAGCCGCAGUUGGUGUUCUUUAUCAAUUGCCAAGUGGUUUAUCUGCCGGACCUGAAGGAAGUUUAUUGAAUUUUGCAAACACAAAUUCUUCUUCUUCUGAUUCCUUCAAUUCCGGUUUUCAAGUCGCUGCUGGAUUAGUGGAAGUUGCGCUUGGUUUAACCGUUGGAUUGUAUGCAUCAACCGUUUUGGCAUACCUGUUAGGUGGAAGGAAAGUUCGUGGAGGAGGCUUGUUCUCCUUCUGAGUUCAACAAUUCCCUCGAUAUUCAUUCAUCUUUUUUUCUUUUUUCCUCAUGGACAUUUUUUU